CGGCUCGUCCAGCGCGCAGGCCGUCGAGGACAUCACGUAGUUCUGGACGGAUGAGAGUGUAAUCGUUUCGUCGAAUCCGCGAAAUACCUGAACGCAGCACACGACACAGGGCCGCGCUUACAGUGGUACAAGUGUCGCACGCGAUCCCAUAGCAAGGAAGCGGUGGACCGCUUCAAAAAGGCCGUUACGAAGACACGCGUGCCGUGCGGUGUUGUGCGUACGCGUGUCCGCUGAGUCCGCGGAGUCUGUAGCUGUGCACGGUACGGCCGUCGAGUCAACGGCGAUGCUACAGCGGAUCCUCUGACAGCUCGAGGUGUUAUCGCUUGCAUCACGCAACCAUACGGCGAACGGUCGAACCCGACCAGGGGUUUAGAGUACUAAAACAAAAAGAGAAGGCAACCUGAAAGAGAGAGAGAGAGAGUGAGACACUCUACGAACCAUCGUCCGCAGCAUCCAGCAUCUGCUCUUGAAUCCCGUACCGCUUCGCUCGCACCUGAUCGAGCGGUCAAGCAGUCACUUCCAUCGGCGCAUCCUCAACGUUUCCUACAAUCGUUCGUCGAAUUCAAAACAAACGAUCAACCAAACCCAAGCGACCAUCAACCAACCGGUUCCGGAACGAAUCCAAUCGGACGGAAGAAUGGACCACGUCAAGCUGGCGCUCUUGUUCGUUACGUCUGCCCUAGCGCUCCAGGGUUCCUCCGGGCAGACACUUUACAAGGACGAUGCGUGUGAGCUGCGUGACGGAAAGCCCGGCAUCUGCACGGUCGUGACCGAUUGUCCCUGGUUUCUGGAGCACAUCGUCAAGAAUCGACGCUUCGCCGAUCGCGUUUCAUGCGGUUUCGAGGGCGCGGAUGAGAUAAUUUGCUGCAAGACGAACAAGACCGUCCAACCGCCCGGUGUGCAGUCGCGGCUUGCCUGCGAGAAGGUGCCGAAGUACAACGAGCGCAUCACCUUUCACAUCAUCGAGGGUGAGGAGGCGAGCGAGGGCGAGUUCCCGUUCAUGGCCGCCCUCGGCUACCCGACGGACGACGGCAACGUGAGCUACCGGUGCGGGGCCAGUCUAAUCUCGAGCGACUUCCUGCUGACCGCCGCCCACUGCAUCCCCUCGAACGACCGGCCGACGGUGGCCAUCCUCGGUACCAACAAUCUGGCUCCGGAAAACAACGGCGUCGUGGUUCCGUUGAAGGCCUUCUUUCCGCAUCCGGAGUACCGAUCGAGCCGAAACUACCACGACAUCGCGCUGGUACAGCUCGAGCGGCACAUCGAGAACGAACCGGACGUGAAUCCGAUCUGCCUGAACGACGACCUGGACGAUCUGCCCGAGUCGACUGUCCUAACGGCCGAAGGUUUCGGCAUAAUCGACCUCGAUCGUAACCUCCGGUCGAACCAUCUGAUGAAGGUCAAUCUGACGACGGUGGCUUGGCCAAAGUGCAACCAAAGCUUCGCCGACGCCAACCUGCUGAAGAACAAUCGCAAGCUGGCGCAGGGCAUCGUGCAGACGCAGUACUGUGCCACGGGGCGUGAGAACGACGUGACGAAGGUGGUGGGCGACACGUGCCAGGGCGAUUCCGGCGGGCCACUGCAGAUUCUGGACAACGGCAAGUACAAGCUGAUCGGCGUCACCUCGUUCGGCAACGGGUGCGGCAGCAACACGCCCAGCGUUUCGACGCGCGUCGCGGCCUACAUCGACUGGAUCGAGAGUGUCGUGUGGGCAUGAGCGGAUGCGUGGAUGUGUUGUAGCAUGUUUUUUUUUCUAUUUUCGCUCGAACAAAACUUACGGCACUUGCUGCGAAGAAAUGUUAGAAAUCUCAAUUCCUGCACUUAAGAGCAUCCAGCAUUUGCAGCAAGAGCAUACCAAUACUCAAUUAAUACAAGCACUCAAAGGUGGCAAAAGGUGUGCAAUGCAAGAACAGUGAGGUCUCUCGCCACAUUGCAUCUCUGAGAAGGAAAAUCAACAACAAACAAAUCUAGCCAAUUUUAAAAUGCCACCCGGAAGGGUCAAGGACAAUCGGUGUUUUGUUACCCCGUCGGCGCGUGAGUCAUACAUUCAUCGGAGCUUCGUUGAUGCAAAAAUCUAUAAUAAAAAAAAGUAGAGAUAAUGCA